CCAUCCUCCACAAGUAGAAAGAAACACAAACAUCCUGAAAUUCGAAGAGGACAAAAUGUUUUACUUUAUCCUUCUUCCUCUCCUAUUUCUUGUUCUAACUUACAAAUUCCUCUACUCCAAAACGCAACGUUUCAAGCUUCCUCCAGGACCACCGUCACGUCCCUUCGUCGGCCAUCUCCACCUUAUGAAACCGCCGAUCCACCGUCUCCUCCAACGUUACUCCAACCAAUACGGCCCAAUCUUUUCCCUCCGUUUCGGCUCCCGCCGUGUCGUGGUCAUAACUUCCCCUUCCCUCGCCCAAGAAUCCUUCACCGGCCAAAACGACAUCAUUCUCUCUAGCCGGCCGCUCCAACUCACCGCCAAAUACGUCGCAUACAACCACACAACCGUUGGAACAGCUCCUUACGGUGACCACUGGCGUAACCUCCGCCGCAUUUGCUCUCAAGAGAUUCUCUCCUCACACCGUCUCGUCAACUUCCAACACAUCCGCAAAGACGAGAUCUUACGAAUGCUCACUCGCCUCUCACGUUACACACAAACCUCCAACGGAAGCAACCACUUCACUCACAUCGAACUCGAACCGCUCUUAUCCGAUCUAACAUUCAACAACAUAGUAAGAAUGGUUACAGGGAAGAGAUAUUACGGCGACGAUGUCAACAACAAGGAAGAAGCAGAGCUAUUCAAGAAGCUAGUCUACGAUAUCGCCAUGUAUAGCGGCGCUAACCAUUCCGCUGAUUACUUACCAAUACUAAAAAUAUUCGGAAACAAAUUCGAGAAAGAAGUUAAAGCAAUAGGCAAAUCCAUGGAUGAUAUAUUGCAGCGUUUGCUCGAUGAAUGUAGAAGAGAUCAAGAAGGUAACACAAUGGUCAAUCAUUUGAUCUCUCUACAACAACAAGAACCUGAGUAUUACACUGACGUUAUCAUCAAAGGCCUUAUGAUGUCGAUGAUGCUCGCCGGGACUGAGACCUCCGCCGUGACAUUAGAGUGGGCGAUGGCGAAUUUACUGAGAAAUCCACAAGUGUUGGAGAAGGCAAGAUCGGAGAUAGAUGAGAAGAUCGGGAAAGAUCGACUAAUCGACGAGCAAGACAUCGCGCUGAUGCCGUUUGGGAAUGGCCGGAGAACUUGUCCCGGCGCCGGAUUAGGUCAGAGGAUUGUGACAUUGGCGCUUGGAUCGUUGAUUCAAUGCUUUGAAUGGGAGAAUGUGAAAGGAGAAGAGAUGGAUAUGUCUGAGAGUGCUGGGUUGGGUAUGCGUAAGAUGGAUCCUUUACGGGCCAUGUGUAGGCCCAGGCCCAUUAUGUCUAAUCUUUUACUCUAAUAAAAAAAAGAGUAAAGGUGAAAAAGCAAAAAUAACUUAAUGGAUGUAACUGGUAAUUAUCUUAAGGAAUAAGGAUAUGAUGAAUAAAAUGAAUCUUUGCUU